AUGUCUGACCGUAAUGGCCUCGGUCCUCAUGUCCACCUCUCAGGGCCAAAGUCAUAUCGACAGAUUCAAGACAAAAUGGAAGAGGAAUUGGGAAGAGAAGUACGUAUUGGUGAGGUUUUCAUCAAGGCACAUACAAAGCCUGAUGGGACAUAUGUUGAUCAGAAGGCAGAGAAGAUAGCAGAAACAUAUGAGAAGAAUGUGCAAGAGAGGUUGUCUCAGCUCGAGGAAGAUCCUUCUGCUAUCUCAGAUGGUUAUUCACGGCCCCGGGAGCUAACAGCUGAAGAAUAUAUAGAAAUCUUUCUUCAAUCCACUGAGAAGGAUUCAAGAGAAAAACCUUUUGGAGUUGGAAGCCUCCAUGACUGCAUUUUGAAGGAAGCUCAACGGAAGAUAGAGGAGCAGGCUGCUCAUAUGUUGAGGCAUGAUGCAGAAAUGUUGAGGCGUGAUGCAGAAAUUGCUCAACAAUCCAAAAUUAUUGCUGGACAGAAGGAGAAGAUUGACGAGUUGGACUUGGUAGGGAAGUUUCUGCGGGAAUGUGAUCCACGGUUCAAGCAGUUCUUGACAACUCAUUCAGCUAAAGAGACAACCACGAUGGAGUCACUUCAACAAGAAGAUCCAACUUCAACUCCAUAG